AUGAAGCAAGAGACUUUUACACGUCCUCCCGAUGGCGAUGUUGAUAAAGGAUGGGCUAUUCUGGCGAUUUGCUGGGCCUUCAUUGCGUGUGCAUUCAUCUCCACGAUGCUGCGCGUGUGGGUCCGCUCACGGAUUACACACAACUUGGGAGGAGACGAUUAUGUUGCAGUCGCCGCCAUGAUGACGUCGUUGUUCGGCGCUGGGUUGAUUACGGCGGAGGUUCUCAACGGACUGGGAAGACACGAGUACUACUUGACUUCUGCUCAACGACGACUGUUCCAGGUCCUGGGCUGGGCCGACUGGAUCCAGACGUUCAUUACUCUAGCGCUCAUGAAAAUCUCGAUUUGUCUAUUCCUUCUCCGCAUAGUCGACACCAAGCAAGUGGUUCGAGGGAUGCACGUUGUAAUAUCUUGCAUUACUCUUUUCACUGCAGUGAGCAUCUUCUUGUUCCUCGGAGUCUGCAGACCUCUCAGAGCGUACUGGGAUGUUGGCGUCAAUGGAGCGUGUCUGUCGAAUCAUCAGGUCGAAUCCGUUGUCCUUGCACAAGGCAUCCUUUCAAUAAUAUCCGACCUCAUACUGGCCGCUCUUCCGGCGAUCUUCCUACGAAACCUCCAGAUCGGAUUACGGACCAAGGUAGGCUUGUGCCUGCUCAUGGGCCUUGGUGUCUUCACUGCCGUCUGUUGUACUGUCCGGACCGCCCUAUCUGGCUCCGUCACGAACCCAGACCUGACUUGGGCUGCCACCACAGGCGUCGGCUGGAGACUACCCGAAGUCAACAUCGGCAUCGUCUGCGCCAACGCGCCGGUCAUACGCCCUCUCUACCUCUUCUUCCGCGGCAGGCUAGCAUCGCAGAUACGAUUCAACACCGGGGGCGUCAGCAAACAGAGCAUGUGGCCCAGCAACACCCCACGCGCUGCAGUGUCGCCGGGGUGGAGGGACGAGUCGAAGGAAACUAGCGUGGGUGAUACCAGCGUGAGUUUGGAAAUGGGGCUGCAUCCGCACGACGACGUCCAGCCGCAGAGCCCGCUGAAGGAAAAGCCGUACUUUAUCAUGGGUGGUGGACGCUGA